AAAUCUUCAGACAUCACAUUUACAGUGAAGAUGUAAAAACACACACACCCACACUUGCACUUUUGUUCAAAGUCUCUGAAUUUCCCGUCGAACCAAACACCGACUCUCUUCUCUCUCUCUCUCUAACUCUCUCUCUCCACCGUAAAACGCCCUAGCCGCCGCUCCUACUUUCUACCAAUUCUCCAGGAUAAGACUACUCCGAGAAUAAAGGAGUAGGAAAAUGGAAUCUUCUGCAAAAUCAGUAGAUGAGGUGGUUGAAGAGAUAAUGAGAACUCAUAGAUCUCUUCCUCCAAGGCCUGGAAUUGAGGAUGUUGAAGGUGCGAAAAUACUGAUCCGAAAUGCAGAUAGCGAACUACAGUCAAGGCUGGAAUCUAUUGCUAAGCUAAAGAAGCGAAAAGACGUUCCUGACGAACUAUUCGGUGUCUUGGUAGAGAUGCAAAAGCAUUUAGUCCAUUUUCAGACCAUGGAACAGAAGAGAGAAGCAGUUAAAUUGCUAGAUCUCGAAAACUACCAUCUUGUAUUUGAUGAAAUGAUUCAAAGGGCUUCCAAAUGUGUUGUUCCAUCUGGUAGUGAUAAUAAUAUUCCAUCAGUUGCUUCGACUUCAAGCAGCAUUUCGUCUUUGACAAAUUCAGCUUUCUCUGGUGCAAAUUUUAGUGGCAACCCCUCCAGCACUGUGAGUGUGACUCCAGUAUCGACUUUUAGCUUGUACUAUGACAAGGAGCCUGUUAAAACUUCUGAGUUGUUCACUCGAGAUGAUAGUUAUCUCCAGAAGUCACAGUCUACUAUUCAUGGUGAUGGGAUUGGAAGAGUGCUUCGAAUGAGUGAUACUUCAAGGCCCAUGAUUGUGGAUUCCACUCUAAAACCUACCAUUACUUCUGGUCAAGAUGGUGAGAAAUUGAGUCUUAUAAGGCUUGCUAGUCUGAUCGAAGUAUCUUCUAAAAAAGGAGCUAAAGACCUCAACCUUGGGAGUAAAUUGAUGGACCAAAUCGAAUGGCUUCCUGAUUCAAUAGGGAAGUUAUCUAGUUUAAUUACACUAGAUCUAUCAGAAAAUAGGCUUGUCGCCUUGCCAUCUUCCAUCGGAGGUCUUUCAUCAUUGACAAAACUAGAUCUGCAUUCUAACAAAAUCUUGGAACUCCCAGAAUCCAUAGGAGAUCUGCUUAACUUGGUCCAUCUUGAUCUAAGAGCAAACCAGUUGACAUCUCUGCCUGCAACUUUUGGUAGAUUAUUCCAUCUUCAAGAGCUUGAUUUGAGCUCAAACAACAUCUCAGUUCUUCCCGAGUCUGUGUGUUCACUCAGCAGUCUGCAGAUACUCAACAUUGAAACUAACAAUAUCGAAGAGCUCCCACAUGCAAUUGGUCAAUGCUCCUCCCUCAAAGAGCUUAUUGCAGACUAUAACAAGCUGAAAGCCCUACCAGAAGCCGUAGGAAAGAUCGAGUCCUUGGAGAAACUAUCUGUUCGUUACAAUAACAUUGGUAGGUUGCCAACCACGAUGUCAUCCCUAACAAGUCUAAAAGAACUUGAUGUGAGUUUCAACGAGCUUGAAUCAGUGCCCGAAAGCUUGUGUUUUGCUACCAGCCUCAUAAAAAUCAACGUCAGCAACAACUUUGCAGAUCUAAGAUUCCUGCCAAGAUCCAUUGGGAACCUUGAGAAUUUGGAAGAGUUGGAUAUGAGUAACAACCAGAUAAGAAUCCUUCCUGAUUCUUUUCGUAUGCUAUCAAAGUUACGGCUCCUUAAAGCUGAAGGGAAUCCUUUGGAAUUACCACCACAAUCUAUACUCGAUCAAGGCGCCCAUGCUGUGAUUCAGUACAUGAAUGAGCUCCAUGAGAAGAAGGAAGUGAAAGCACAACCAGUGAAACAGAAGAAAUCUUGGGCCCAGAUAUGUUUCUUUUCAAGGACAAACAAACGCAAGCGUAAUGGCAUGGACUAUGUAAAGACCUAAUUUCCUCCACCUGGAGCUUCUUUCUACAGGUAAUAAAUCCACAUAAAACCCAUUUCUCAUUUCAUAUUGCUUACUCUGUAAAUACACUUACUGCAGAAUAGCGGCAUUUCUAUGCCUCGUAGAAUUACCGCUGGUAUCAAAUUUUACAAUAUUUCCCUUUUUUUACCCA